AGAACAACAAAAGCAUGCCAUCGAACACCCUGGAGGAGGUUGAACCACAGAAAGAAAAUAAAAACAGCGAAAUUGUCGAGAAAGUACACAAGAAGGGUUAAGAAAAUGGAUUAGAAACAAAGUGUAUGUAUAUCAACAUUGGAACUGUGAAUCCUCAUAAAAUGUCUACAUUUGUACCCAACAUGAGCCCAGGCCCUUGCCUCUACUGCAAUGGCUCUUCUGCUGAGGCUCCAGAAGAACUAUUGCGCUGUGAGUUGUGUCGCCGUUCAACACACAUCUCCUGCCUCAGGUCCUCUCAGCCAGAGGGACGUCUCUUGGGGGAUAAUUUCUUUGAAUACACAUGCUCUCAGUGUCAUCAGAGUACCCAGGACUCCUGCAUUAGAGCAAAAUUGAGCACACUACAGAUAUUAUUACUGGUUCUAUAUAAUCUACACAAAUCAGAUGCCUACACUGCCAGGAGUGGCUUUUACCACUGGAAGCUUCACAUAUACAACUUCAUAAAUCAACACUGGAAGGAGAUUUUUGGUCCUGAGAGCCGAAAGAAAAAGAAGAAGGUGGUGCAGGCAUCACUGAGUGGCCAACUUUCUCACUAUGGCCAAUAUUUUGUGAGUGGAUACGAAACGCUGCGGGAUGGCGGGUGGUACAGGCUGGCUGUUGUGCUAUCGCCGGCCCAGCUCAUACAGCAGCAUAUGGAGGAAAAACGUAGUGGAAGGUCAGGGGGAAGUGGAGAUUCCAUAAGGGGCAGAGGACGGAAAUUUCUGAAAGAAGAUUCCUCCAGGACCUCAGGGAUCACUGGCACCUCUGAAAUGGUAUGGGUGAAGGAAGAGCCCAUAGAAAGAGAGUCUGUGAGCUCCGGGGAUGUGUCCUUUGACAGCCUGAGUCACGAUGACUCUUCCCGAGGUUCUUGGUUUACAGAGAGGGACCUCCUGAAGCCAAACAACAGACCACCCCAAGCCUUGUUUGACAGCGAUGAAGACGAUGAUAUGACAUUGCAGACUGAAGUUAAAGAGGAGAUUACGAUCAAGCAAGAGCAAUUGGAUAGCGAGAUGAUUGAUGUAGGAGAAAAUGAAGCUCAUCAGGUUCCCAACAUCAAGUGUGAGAUACAAGAAGAGCCUCUGCCGUGCUUAAAGCCCUCUCUUUUCACAAAAUCUACACCACCUCCUCCUCCCUUAAAAAAAGUACAAGAACCACAUAAUGAGGGCAGGGAACGGUUACGUCCCCUCAGUAGUUAUGAAGAGCGACAACUACUUCGCAAGCUAGAGCAAUUACAAGAAGCUGGACCAUUACCUCCUCAUCUGCUUCGUUUGCGUCGAAAACUUGUAGUAAGGAAAUCCAAAUAUGAACAUGGCCUUCCUGUCUUUGACCUAGAUGCAGAAAUUAAAUAUAUAAGUUCUCAUGGCAGACUACGAACUCGCCGAGAAAAAAUAUAUUCGAAGUUGUCAAAUGAUCCUGGAGAUUCAACAGCACGUGUAUUGGACAGGUUUCAGGUUGCUAUUGGUGACGAACAUCAGAAGCAGACCAAGAAUUCAAGCUUCUUGGUCAAACUUGUUGGUGAUCCUGAAGGCUCAUUUUCAUACAUCCACAGCCCUUACACCCUGCAGAAACUAAAGCCCUAUAUCAGACGAGACUAUGAGUCUGUCCCACUCAAGCUGAAACUGUUACAGGAGAUUAUCCAGUACCCUCACCGCCACAACUCUGCUUGGCAGCCCCCAAUGAGACACCCAAUAGAUUACUGCUAUGUCACACCAAAACAUAUUCCUGCAAUGAACCAAUUAGCCAGACAUUUCUUUUGGCCUGGCAUUGACUUGUCAGAAGUCCUACAGUACCCAGACCACACUUGCGUAGUGCUGUACCGAAACCUUGUCGUUGGGUUUGGAGUUCUGGUGCCGGACAUUGGCUUCAACAUGGCAUACCUGUCCUUCCUUCUUGUACAUCCCGAGUGGCGUCGAGCUGGCAUAGCAACUUUUGUACUCUACCAUCUUAUUCAGACAUGUAUGGGAAAGGACAUCACACUCCAUGUAUCGGCAACCAAUCCAGCGCUUAUCCUCUACCAGCAGUUUGGGUUUAAGGUCGAGGAAUUCCUCUCCGACUUUUAUGACAAGUACUACCCCGAGGACAGUCCAGAGUGUAAACAUGCCAUGUACCUCAGGCUAAGUAGAUAAGACAUUGGGGUGUAAUUUUUGCAUUUGGUUUUCUCUUUGAAAAUUCUUGUUCAGAGAUUUUUUUUGUUGUUGUUUCAUACCUGAGUCUUUGUAAAUAAACUGUUGAAUAUA